GGAGAGCAUAUGGUUCGUACCCGCUGCCGAGCGGUAGGGUUGCUUUGUUAUGAACAGGCGGCGCUGUAGCUGGCGGAAGAGGAGGUCGCCCAGCCCAGUAUCUCUUCGCCUGGAACACAGAAGCCGAGGGGGAGACAAGAAAACGGGAGGAGAAAAGACGGUGUUGGCUGGAGGAGAAAGAAAAAGCUACGAUAAUGGCCGCUAAAUCUGAUGGGGUAUUAAAAAUUAGAAAGAGCGAUGUAGCGUUCACGCCUUUGCAGAAUUCGGACCACUCAGGCUCAGUACAGGGACUCGUUCCAGGAUCGCAGCCGGAUUCGGGAACCGGGGAUGGGGAAUUCGUGAAUGGGGAAUCACGGUGCUGUGGUUCUAAUUCGACAUGUCUUCGCCUUGGCAGAGAGCAGCAAACAAAAUACACGAUAUGGGACUGUCUAUGGAUUCUCGCUGCAGUGGUGGUGUAUUUCGCCGAUGUAGGCACCGACAUUUGGCUUUCUGUCGACUAUUACCUCCGUCGCGACUACUGGUGGUUCGGGCUCACGCUAUUUUUUGUUGUGCUAGGGUCGUUCUCCGUCCAAGUCUUUAGUUUUCGGUGGUUCGUCCACGAUUUCAGCACCGACGAGGGCUCCAAUGCCACCGGUGCGGCAAACUGCUCAUCCCACAUGGACGGGAAGCUGCUGAGCGGUUCUGCUUCACAUGGAGAUGUGGGCGCCCAACCGUCCACACCUCAAAGACAGGCGUCCACCGCGAGCAAGAGCAACACCACAACCAACAGCAACAGCAGCACGGCAACCCCGACUAAUAAGAAAAGGUCGGCGUCCUGUUCAGUAUUCAUAUGGUCCGCGCAAUCCGUCACCCACAUCUUGCAGCUUGGACAGAUAUGGAGGUAUUUCCACGCCAUCUACCUGGGCAUCCGGAGCCGGCGCAGUGGGGACCAUGACCGCUGGAGGUUCUACUGGAGGAUGGUGUAUGAGUUUGCUGACGUCAGCAUGCUGCACCUCCUGGCCACCUUCCUGGAGAGCGCUCCUCAGCUGGUCCUGCAGCUCUGCAUCAUCAUCCAGACCCACAAACUGCAGGCCGUACAAGGAAUGACAGCGGCUGCCUCCCUGGUGUCUCUGGCCUGGGCCUUGGCAUCCUAUCAGAAAGCCCUACGAGACUCCCGGGAUGAUAAGAAGCCAAUCAGCUACCUGGCCGUCAUCAUCCAGUUCUGCUGGCACUUCUUCACCAUUGCCGCCCGGGUCAUCACCUUCGCCUUGUUCGCCUCCGUGUUCCAGCUCUACUUUGGUAUCUUCAUCGUCCUCCACUGGUGCAUUAUGACCUUCUGGAUAGUCCACUGUGAGACCGAGUUCUGCAUCACCAAGUGGGAGGAGAUUGUCUUCGACAUGGUCGUGGGGAUCAUCUACAUCUUCAGUUGGUUUAAUGUGAAGGAGGGUCGUACUCGGUGUCGGCUCUUCAUCUACUACUUUGUGAUCCUGCUGGAGAACACUGCUCUGAGUGCCCUGUGGUACCUGUACCGCGUCCCUCAGAGCACCGAUGCCUUCGCCGUCCCCGCCCUCUGUGUCAUCUUCAGCAGCUUCCUCACCGGCAUCGUCUUCAUGCUCAUGUACUACGCCUUCUUUCACCCCAACGGGCCCCGAUUCGGACGCUCACCCAGCCUCGUGCUGGACGACCCCACGGCUGCCUUCACGCUGCCCGCUGAGGGGGCCACCAACUCGUUGAGGUCCAACCGUGGUGUGCCUCUUAUAUCGGGGGACGGCACCAUUGGCAGGGACGGCAAAUACACAGAGAGGGACGGCUGCAUGCCCGUGUUUCAGGUGAGACCCACCGCCCCCUCCACGCCGUCCUCCCGUGCCCCACGCAUCGAUGAGACAGUCAUCAAAAUAGACCUGUGUCGGAACCGCUAUCCGGCCUGGGAGAGGCACGUAUUGGACAGGAGUAUACGCAAGGCCAUCCUGGCCAUCGACUGCUCCCCUACGCCGCCCAGACUCCAGUACAAAGAUGACACUACAGUUCAGGAGCGCCUGGAGUAUGAGACCACGUUGUAGCCCUACACUGCUGCCUGGAUGUUGGAUGCUUGGAUGUUGGAUCCUUGGAAAUGCAAAACCGUAACAAAGGAUGACCAUCAACUUGGAUUUACAGCAGGACUGUGGCAAUAAUAAGUUAUUAGCUCUCUCUCACUCUAGAUACUAGCAUUGAACCAUGAUGUUGAUUGUCAUGGGCAAGAAUAGACACAUAUUAUUAGUUGAUGUGACGGAGGGAUAUAUUCAUGUUUUCUAAACAGAGUUCCUCUUUUUGGGUUUAUUUGGUUGAUGUUGUUGUUAUUGUAUUUUAUUUUUUAUUUAUUUUACUUACGUCCGUCAGGGAAUCUCUUAUUUGAUAAAAGGCCAUUGCGCACACAUACACAUAAAAAAAAUGUAGCCCAAUAGUCUAUCAGAAUAAAAGCAGUGUUCUAAUGAAUGAUAUCAUGCCCUUUCAUAACAGAUCCUUAUGAAGGUUCGUAACAGGUUACAACAGGUUAUUAAUGUUUACCUAUGAUAUCUCAUAUUUACAUUAAUUUCUAUUACCAACAUCUUAGACCUGCAAAUAUGUACUUUACAUUUAUAAGAUACAAGUAAUAUCCCCUGAUAUAGUGGACGUGUUGAAUAACAAAAAUAAGAAUAAUAAGGUCAGUUAAUGGUCCUGAUUCAUAUUUAGGAUGGUUCUAGUUAUUUCUAAUUCAAAGUAAACAGGCAACAAAGUAGUACACGCAUAGUCCGUGAUGUAAUUAGCGACAUGAGUAGGGCUUUGUGUCUGUCAUACUUUACAUGUGUACUGGCCCAUGACUUCUGAUCUGAUUUCAUCAGCCAUGUUGUCCUAGUGCCAAAAGGUCUGAAACUACUGGAUUUUGUGGCUGUGACUGCCAGUAACUGGAUAUUAGUAGAUUCAGGCAGGGCAGAACUGCUAUUUACUUUGAAGAAGCUUAGUACUGUACCUGGUAAUCAUGCUGUUUAUAUGCUAAAUAAAACCGGAAUGUUCGUGUAUUGUGGAGAGACUGAAGGACAAACCUCAUCUUUGUUCUCGCCUGGAUAAAAGGUGGCAUGCCAAGAAAACCUUCCUGGCAGCUCCUAUUUACAGUCCAGCCUCGUCCAGCUGUGGUCUGGGCUGCCAUGCGUCCAUAUGGCUGAUAAGGAUCAGUCUGCUGGGCCACAUAGUGCUGUUCUGUACGGACAGGAGGAGAGGAUAAGAGACAAACGAGCAGCCACUUCAGCCAAACUACUCUCAUAACUGAAGCACCUGCAGGAUCUACUGUCAUCAUAGAUGCCGCAUUCUUUUUUACGUUUUACCUAACUGAUGUAAAAGUGUAUUGCCAUCCGUGUGUGUGGGAGGAAGUGUGUGUGUGUGUGUGUGUGUAUGCGUGCGCGCUCAUGCGUGCUUGUAAGAGAGGAAAAGCAUGGCGCAGGAUGGUAUGUGUAGAUGCUACAAUCAGUGGUCGGUUUGUCUGCAGCUACAUAUUGUCGUGCAAUGAACUAGAGACAUGCACUUCAGCACUAUGGUGUGAAAGGCUGCUGUAGCCUAUACUCAACACAAGAUCAGUACCAAUUCUAGGGUGUAUACCACUAUCAUUGUAGCUGUCAACAUCCAACAUCAAUGGUGUCAAGAUGGUCUUUUGAGCAGGAAACAACAAGUAUUUCACCUUUUAUGCUCCGACUUAAGCCCCAGGCACUAUGACUGUGGAUGUGAUAUCUAAAAAAUAUCUUCAAAUAUCUUGCAAAGGUGUCUUCACAAAAAAGAAAGUGUGUAGCUUCUCUUUCAGUUCUAGGUCACAAGCGCUUCUUUUUUUAUGUCUUGUUCGUUUGAACUAUGGAGAGAAGAGGGUGACAAGGAGGAGGGAAAAAAACAAGCACAAAACUUCUGUGGAAUUAAUCAGAGCACAUUGAGGGAAGGAAACCAUGAUAUUCAAUGUGAGAGUGAGAAAAGGCCAUUGAUCAGUCCAGAAAGAUGUGCCUGUUGUUUUCAACUAGAGCUAGAUUUUAAAUCUCUACUGAAUGGCUCAGAUUUAUUUUUGUUGAAUUGUUUUUGUUGAAAUGUCUUAUUUGAAUUAUUCAUAUCCGUUCGAAUGUGGGAAAUUCUUGGUUUAAUUUGCUUUCACAUCAUUUGCCUUGUUGUUGCGACAUCACACAAAUUGUCUUAGUUAUGUCUGUUCCCUUCUGUUCUGUGGCAUGUUUUACUCAACUGCAUUAAAUAUUCAGAAGUGAAUGCCGCUACACAUUCAAGAAACUCUCUAAAAAGUUUUUGGGGGUAAUACAUGCAGAAGCACUGGGUAAAAUCAUGUCCACAGCUCUUCUUCUGAGUUGAAUUCAGUGUGGAUGAGCCCCUUCAAUUGUUUGAUUGGCCUGUUUGAGUGUUUAAAAAAAUACAAAUAUGAAUAAAAAAUGUAGAAUUAUUUCUGAGAAAAAACAAUCUCAAUCGACAUAGAAAUGGCAACAACAACAACAACAAAUAUGAAACUGUAAAAAUGAAAAUGGACUUACAUUUAUAGUCUCUUUAUGCUGCUCUACACCGAAUUCAACUCCAAGAAAACAGAGCUGUGGACAUGAUUUUACCCAGUGCUUCUGCAUGUAUUACCAAAAAGAACGUUUUUAGAGAGUCUCUUGAAUAUGUAGCAACAUUCACUUCUGAAUAUUUAAUUGAGUCGAGUAAAACAUGCCACAGAUCAGCCACCGAAAAGCUAGACAGUCAGGAAGCAUAAAAAAAUCCAAAAGCGAUGGAUAGACGGCAAUUUUCAGCAAACUUUGAUGGCGAGGAAAUAUAACCAAUUUUAAGUGUGGCUCUCCGGACCUUGGUGAAGACUGAAUGCAGCCUGUGGUGCAAAAUGAGUUUAACACCCCUGCAUUAACCUGUCUGUGUUUUAAGGUUAAUUUUUUAAAAAGCAGAUUUUUAUUUAUUUACAAUGAAGACAGAAACCAAAUGGCACAGGGGGAAAUCAAGAAAGCACAGGCUUAGAAAUGAGCAAAUUAUCGUGAAUGGCACAACACUGGUGCUUUUGUUCUAUUUUAUCUUGGGAUCUCUCUAUUUAGGUCUGCUAUUGAUGAUACACUUAAGAGGGCAAAUGAAUUGCUCAUCAUUAACUAGUGAAUCAUUGAAGGUCACUUGGCCUGGUUCCAUCUCCUCAUCAAUAAAACAUGUAGUAAAUUAUUCUCUCAAUGUCACCUUGCACGUCUUUAGCUUGUGUUGCUUUCCUUUAGUCAAUCUGAUCCAUGUUAACAUGAGAUUUUAUCAUGUUUUGUUCAUAUCCCAUUAUUUGCUUUCAACUGCUAUUUCCAUUUUCAGUGGGAGUCCCAGUGUUUAUGAUUUAUUGGGGUCACGGCCACAAAUAGACAACGCGAGUCUUGUUUUUCAGAAUAGUGGUGUGUGUGAGACUGUGUCCUCAUACAGUAAUAUCCACAGUAUUCAUGUACAUUGCGAAAAAUGUACAGAUACAACAACUGCUGUCAGUCCCAUCCAAAUGAACACCCACUGGACUCACCCAGUACACCACCUCUACAGUGGCUUGCGAAAGUAUUCAUUCCCCUUGGCAUUUUUCCUAUUUUGUUGCCUUACAACCUGGAAUUAAAAUAGUUUUUUGGGACGUUUGUAUCAUUUGAUUUACACAACAUGCCUACCAC